CAGCCCUCAAAAUAGAGUAUAGAAAAAAGAGUAGCAGCCAUGGUUCCGGUCUCCAACGGCGGCGGCGGCGGUGGUGGUGGUGGCGAGCUUCCUUUUAACGAGAAUGACUCACAUGACAUGGUCAUUUUUCAAGUCCUCAACGAGGCCAACCAGGCCAUGCCUACAAAUACAUCAAAUUCUCCAAUCCAGAGAGGUCAGACCAAUGGAUCGAACGGGCUGGAACCGGCCAGGACCAUAGGGAAGAAGCACUACAGGGGUGUCCGGCGACGUCCGUGGGGGAAAUACGCGGCAGAGAUUCGUGACUCCAACAGACAAGGCGCACGGGUUUGGCUUGGUACGUUCGAGACGGCGGAGGAAGCCGCGUUGGCCUAUGACAGGGCAGCCUUCAAGAUGCGCGGUCCUAAGGCUGUGCUCAACUUUCCGCCUGAAGUCGUGACCGCCUCUUCUGGGGUAGAAAGAUUAAACCCGAAAUUGAUCACGAUUAAAUCAGAGGAAAAGAUUCUGGAUUCCAAGAGUAGUAGUUCAAUUAGCAGGGUUUCAACGGUGACAUCACGAUCGGAGUCUGAGAGUAGCACGACUGGGGAGUCACCGGAGAUGGGAUCGGAUUAUAAAAAUGGAUAGAUUAGGAUUAUGCAUUCUUGAUGUCCGCCACGAAAAAUCCCAUGAUGCAGUUUUUUUUUUUUUUUUUCCUUCCUAUUUUUAUAGCGUGUGAGAGUUUUUCUUUUCUUUUGAUAAUGUUCUUUUCCAUCUGUACAUAAUAGGUUUAGUGAGGAAGAACCAGAGAAUUGUGGAAAAUAUGGAACCUUACUGUUCGGGAAAAGAGAUGGAAAAUGGGAGUAUCGAGAGGGAAGUAAGAAAGGGGAUAUCCAUAAAAUAAAUAAAAGGAAUAUAUUGUG